AUGGUCGCGCAUGAUGUGGUGCAGCCAACAGCCAACCUCACCAAUUUGCUGGGGGUGAUUGAUGACCGCUGGUGGGUGGGGCGCGUUGUGGGUCAAGGCAUGAAGUGUCGAAUGAUCCCAAGCGAAAAGAACUGGUUGCUCAAGUAUCACAAUGAGCGGUCUUCGGGGCACGUCUCACGACGACCACGCGUGCGGGUGCCCUCGGCGGAUGACGAGGGUGAUGGGAUCUCAAUGGCGACCCAAGAUGACGAGCGGCUGCACAUUGUGUUUAACAAACAGGCCCGUGACGAGGCGUAUCCAGAUGAUUGUGUGACUUUCCGGCCGCCCAAUCUGAACAAAACUGCCAACCCUUAUGCAUUGGCGCCCGAUGUCCGGCCUCUGGCAUUUGUUGGGCCCUGCCACACGGGCUUUGCUCUGACUGACAUGAUGCACCAAGCUUUGAUUGAUUACCUGGUCAUGUCCUUUCCUGAGCACGUGGAAGUAUUGGAUCUGGACACAUCGCAGCAAUCGCCUAGGGGAGGUCGACAGCGGCUUCCCACGGCUUCAGCUGCUGACUCGGCCGCCUCCAUCGAAGACGUGCGAGAGAUUGCUAGUAAAGAAGUGAUUGAUCACAUUUACGAAAGCUCCAGGCAGGGCAAGAUGUGCAUCUUGCAGGGCUGCUCAGACUCUGUGCACAGGCUCCGCAAAUCACAACUCUUUCCAAUCGUGGUGCAUCUUCGUCUGCGCUCGCAACAAGUGUUGACCAAGCUCUUGCGCUCGCUCGAUGACAAGGAAAUGCUGAAGCAGUCACAGAGUCAAAUCAGCUUCCUCAAUCGUCACAAUGCAAUUCCCGGCAAGAACUGCGAUUUGGUGCUCAGUAAGAGCCGAUUGGAGAUUAGUUGCUUUGAGUUGGCCUCGUACGUGGAUGCGUACUUGGGUGAGGCCACCCUGGAUAUGGACGUGGAUGAUCGCCUUCUCACUCGAGCAAAACCAACCGAUGUGGCCGAGCUCUGA